UAGUUAUGAGAUCAGUUUGCUUAUUAGGCAUAGGCUAUAGCCCUAAGGUGUCUGGGUGGGAGGAAAGGACGCCCCCGACAGAUACUCUGAAUGUUGCCAUGGAAAUAAGAGUAUACAAAUAGGCCUUGUUUCGAAGUCUGUCGUUGUAGCUAAAGAAGAGUGAUCACCCCAGGCCUAUAGUGUACCAUAAGUAGUUCAUAAUUAUUAAUUACCAUCUAUCGUCGUCACUGCGCAAUCCACGAAAUGUUUGCGUUGUGCAUGCGACAAACCCUAAAUUUUCGUAUCAACUCUCACUUUGGGCAAAGCAGAGUCGACACGAGUUAGGCUACUCCGCUUGAACGUUUGGACGGAUUCUGAAAGAUGGCCAAAGUGAGCCAAGACGAACUUGUACAACACCUGUCAAAAGUGUUCGCCGUUAUCUGUGUGGUGGUGACUCUCAAGCCUGCCAGCGCCAUUGAGACAGUGAAUGUUGUUGAUUUAUGUGGCCAAACUAUCCAUGGGGAUGGGUUGAUCAUCAACUCCCACCAGGAAUCUAAGAAAUACUACUUUGUCACCAUGGGAACAGACUGCCAAUUGACCAUACAAGCCAACAUGCUGCAAGACAGGGUACUGUUCCAUUUCCGCUUCUUCCUGGUUUACAGCCUUCUACGGGUGGCCCCCCUUAGCCCUUCACCCUUUUUCCCAGAGUCUGCCAGUAAACCCUCACUUUCUCGCCCUGCCUGGCCUGACCAGCAUGUGGAGUCAACUUCUAAGGAUGGCCAGGAAGACCCCUGCUAUGCCGGCUCUUACAUACAGUUCUAUGAUGGCCCUAAUAUGAACUCACCCCCCAUAGGGCUCCCACUUUGUGGAAAAAAAAGUCUACCACGACCUGUAAUUUCCACAGGAAAUUACCUGACUUUGAGACUGGUUACGAGGGGCACACAGCCCAGGGUUGAUUUUGUUGGAGACUUCACUUCUUUCAGAUUGGGUUCCAACCAAUCAGAAUGUGGUAAUGUACUUUACUUUAGCUGUUGGAAUGGGAAGUGCAUUCCAAUGAGUUUGGUUUGUGAUGACGACAAAGACAUUGACAACUGUGGAGACGGCAGUGAUUUAAGAAGUCAUCAUGAGGCUAAAUGCACAAGUCAUCAGUCUGUGAAACUGUCUCCACAGUUUACCCUUCCAACUUCAACUAUCCUCACAAAGAAUUGUGGCACACCUGAAAUCCCCAUGAACACCAACACAGUUGCAGACUCCCCUGUGCCCCCUUUGGCUUUGUAUGUGUUACUUGGGCUUAUGGUGGGGAUAGUGCUGCUUUGCUGGUGCUGCUGGUCCCCCGGUUGGUUCUUGUGGAGGGUGAGUGUUUGCCGCCUCCUGCCCUGCUGCAAUUCCUUUUGUGCAUCCUGCCAGCUCUGUGCCUGCAGCUGCUCUCCGAACAAGGAUCACCGCCUGUCCACAGUCUCACCUCAGAGCUCCCUGACUAAUGCUGCCACCAACAGCAUUAGUACUACAACUGUAACUGUGUAGCUUUUACACUGACUCAAAGACCAAACACAUUUAUCUGAGUCAUCUGCAUGUGUGUGCUUAGACCAGAAAAACCUGAUAUUAUUACCUAGCUACUUUUUCUGUUACCUUUUACUGUCAUCAUCUCAUCAUGUUUUAAUAUUGCAUUCUUUUAAACUUCUUAUUAUUUCUCUUAUUAUUAUUAUUUCUCUUAAUAUUAAUAAUUGUACAGUUUUGUGACUUUAAAGCAUAUUUCUAGUUUAGUCAUAACUGUUUUGUAGAAGUUCAAGUACAAAGUGUGUUAUUGUAUAACUGGGGAAGAAAUAAAAUUAAGGGACUUCUCUGUUUAUAGCAAUACACUCGUCUUGCUUCCUGAUGAUUUAUUUCUCCAUCUCAUCCAAAGUCUCCUUCAAUGAUAAUAAGAUGGGUACAACCUGCAGUAUGGCAACCUGAAAGGUCGGUCAUCUGUCAACCUAAUCCUGUGGCAGAACUCAUGCACACCAUGGUUACAGUGAUGCUAAGAAAAUACACCUUCAUAUUACUAUGUCGAAUCAAUUGACUUCUCUUCUCUCUGAGCCUUUAAAAGACAGUUGACACCGACGAGCCCUCGCUGCGACACGAUGCCUCCCCUCAGCUGUGCACCAGGCUGCGAC